AUGACCCCUCCAUCACCUACGAUAAGCAGAGUGCGCACUUCUGUUUUUGAACCUGCUACGGCAAUUGACCGAACUUUCCCCGAGUUUCCUGCCGCACAACCAAUAGAUGAGAAUAAUUACUUCAAAAAGCACAAGCCUCCUCCUUAUCUGAGUGAAAUAUCCAAAGAUGUUGCCAAUUUCAUUGCUAGUCAUAACAAGCAAAACAGAAAGGUUGUCUUGGUUACCAGUGGUGGUACCACUGUUCCUUUGGAGAACAAUACUGUGAGAUUCAUUGAUAAUUUCAGUGCUGGUACCAGAGGAGCAACCUCAGCGGAAUAUUUCUUAGAGAAUGGGUAUGCAGUGAUAUUCUUGCACAGAGAAUUCUCGUUACUUCCGUAUUCAAGACAUUAUAGUCAUACUACCAAUUGUUUUCUAGACUACAUGAACGAGGAUGAAAAUGGACAAGUGGUUAUUAAUGCAGAGUAUCAGAAUGAGAUGCGUGUUGUGCUCAGGAAAUAUCAGAAUGCUAGAGAUAAAGGUUUAUUGCUGGUUGUUCCGUUUACCACUGUUCACCAGUAUUUAUUCACUUUAAAAUUAAUUUCUCAGGAGCUAUCAGUAAUUGGACCCAAUGGUCUAUUCUACCUGGCAGCUGCGGUGUCUGACUUCUUUCUUCCUCACAGCAGAAUGCCUGAGCACAAAAUACAGAGCCAAAACGAUAAUGACGGAAAACUUCGUGUCAGCUUGGAAGCCGUCCCCAAAUUCUUGUCUCGUCUUGUUGACUCGUGGGCUCCCCUAGCCAUGAUUAUUUCCUUUAAGUUGGAAACAGACUCAAAUAUUUUAUUAUCAAAAGCACGCGGUGCAUUGGAGCGUUACAAUCAUCAACUUGUUAUUGGUAACUUGCUGCAAACAAGAAAGAAAGAAGUUGUUUUUGUCACUCCUGAAGAAGGUGAACAUUGGAUCCGCCUUACGGAUGAACAACACGCCAAUGGAACCGAAAUUGAGUCUCUGAUUAUACCAGAAAUUAUGUCAUUGCAUGAAAAAUGGUGUGAGAAAACUAGCACAUUAUGA